GAGCCGGGAGGCGGGGAAGCCGUGGCUGUGUGAGCGUGAGCAGCCGCCGCCACCGCCUCCUCCUCGUCGUCCUCUUCCUCCUGGGUCCCGGCGUCGCGGGCCGCGCUCGGCCCUGGAAGAAACGUCGCCUCCCCUUCCUCCGCCUCCCCCUCGCGGCGUUGCUCCCGCCUCCUCGUCCUGCGCUGCGGGCUCAGGCGGAACCCGGAACGGCCGUCCGCCUCCCCCGCCCUCCGCCGCCUCCUCCUCCUCCUCCUCCUUCUUCUUCUCUUCGGCUUCCUCCUCAACCCCAGGCGAGAGCGGAGUGUCGGCGGCGGUCGGUUCGGGCGGCGACUCGCGCUUCUUUGGGCGGCGGCGCUUGGCCAUGUCGUGUCGGGGAAGGUAAUGAGCCGCAGAGCCCCGGGGUCUCGGCUGAGCAGCGGCGGCGGCGGCGGCACCAAGUACCCACGGAGCUGGAAUGACUGGCAACCCAGAACUGACAGUGCAUCAGCCGACCCAGAUACAUUAAAAUAUUCUUCAUCCAGAGAUAGGGGUGGGCCUUCUUCUUAUGGACUGCAACCUUCCAAUUCAGCUGUCGUGUCUCGGCAAAGGCACGAUGAUACCAGAGUUCACACUGACAUUCAGAAUGAUGAAAAGGGUGGCUACAGUGUCAAUGGAGGAUCUGGGGAAAAUACUUAUGGUCGGAAGUCGUUGGGGCAAGAGCUGAGAGUUAACAAUGUGACCAGCCCUGAGUUCACCAGUAUUCAGCAUGGCAGUCGUGCGUUAGCCAUCAAAGACAUGAGGAAAUCACAGGAGCGAUCGAUGUCUUAUUCUGAUGAGUCUCGACUGUCGAAUCUUCUUCGGAGGAUCACCCGGGAAGAUGACAGAGACCGAAGACUGGCUACUGUAAAGCAGUUGAAAGAAUUUAUUCAGCAACCAGAAAAUAAGUUGGUACUAGUUAAACAAUUGGAUAAUAUCUUGGCUGCUGUACAUGAUGUGCUUAAUGAAAGUAGCAAAUUGCUUCAGGAGUUGAGACAGGAGGGAGCUUGCUGUCUUGGCCUUCUUUGUGCUUCUCUGAGCUAUGAGGCUGAGAAGAUCUUCAAAUGGAUUUUUAGCAAAUUUAGCUCAUCUACAAAAGAUGAAGUUAAACUCCUCUACUUAUGUGCCACCUACAAAGCAUUAGAGACUGUAGGAGAAAAGAAAGCCUUUUCAUCUGUAAUGCAGCUUGUAAUGACCAGCCUACAGUCCAUUCUUGAAAACGUGGAUACACCAGAAUUACUUUGCAAAUGUGUCAAGUGCAUUCUUUUGGUGGCUCGAUGUUACCCUCAUAUUUUCAGCACUAAUUUUAGGGAUACAGUUGAUAUAUUAGUUGGAUGGCAUAUAGAUCAUACUCAGAAACCUUCGCUUACACAGCAGGUGUCUGGAUGGUUGCAGAGUUUAGAGCCGUUUUGGGUGGCUGAUCUUGCAUUUUCUACCACCCUUCUUGGUCAGUUUCUAGAGGAUAUGGAGGCAUAUGCUGAGGACCUCAGCCAUGUGGCCUCUGGGGAGUCGGUGGAUGAAGAUGUUCCUCCUCCGUCUGUGUCCUUACCAAAGCUGGCAGCUCUUCUCCGGGUGUUCAGUACUGUAGUGAGGAGCAUUGGGGAACGCUUCAGCCCAAUUAGAGGUCCUCCAAUUACUGAGGCGUAUGUAACAGAUGUUCUGUACAGAGUAAUGAGAUGUGUGACGGCUGCAAACCAAGUGUUUUUUUCUGAGGCUGUGUUGACAGCUGCUAAUGAGUGUGUUGGUGUUUUGCUCGGCAGCUUGGAUCCUAGCAUGACUAUACAUUGUGACAUGGUCAUUACAUAUGGAUUAGAUCAACUGGAGAAUUGCCAGACAUGCGGUACAGAUUAUAUCAUCUCAGUCUUGAAUUUACUCACAUUGAUUGUUGAACAGAUAAAUACAAAACUGCCAUCGUCAUUUGUAGAAAAACUGUUCAUACCAUCAUCUAAACUACUAUUUUUGCGUUAUCAUAAAGAAAAGGAGGUUGUUGCAGUAGCCCAUGCUGUUUAUCAAGCAGUGCUUAGCCUGAAGAACAUUCCUGUUUUGGAGACUGCCUAUAAAUUAAUUCUGGGGGAAAUGACUUGUGCCCUAAACAAUCUGCUACAUAGUCUACAACUUCCUGAUGCCUGUUCUGAAAUAAAACACGAGGCUUUUAAAAAUCAUGUAUUCAAUGUAGACAAUGCCAAAUUUGUAGUUAUAUUUGACCUCAGUGCCCUGACUACAAUUGGAAAUGCCAAAAACUCGCUAAUUGGGAUGUGGGCACUGUCUCCAACUGUCUUUGCCCUCCUGAGUAAGAAUCUGAUGAUUGUGCACGGUGACUUGGCUGUUCACUUCCCUGCCAUUCAGUAUGCAGUGCUCUACACGUUGUAUUCUCAUUGUACCAGGCAUGAUCACUUUAUAUCUAGUAGUCUUAGUUCUUCGUCCCCGUCUUUGUUUGAUGGAGCUGUGAUUAGUACUGUAACUACAGCUACAAAAAAACAUUUCUCAAUUAUAUUAAAUCUCCUGGGAAUAUUGCUUAAGAAAGAUAAUCUUAACCAGGACACAAGGAAACUGUUAAUGACGUGGGCUUUGGAAGUGGCUGUUUUAAUGAAGAAGUCUGAAACAUAUGCACCUUUAUUCUCUCUUCCAUCUUUCCAUAAAUUUUGUAAAGGCCUUUUAGCCAACACUCUUGUUGAAGACGUGAAUAUCUGUCUGCAAGCCUGCAGCAGUCUACAUGCUUUGUCGUCUUCCUUGCCAGAUGAUCUUCUACAGCGGUGUGUUGAUGUUUGCCGUGUUCAGCUUGUCCACAGUGGAACUCGCAUUCGACAAGCAUUUGGAAAGCUGUUGAAGUCAAUUCCUUUAGAUGUUGUCUUGAGCAAUAACAGUCACACAGAAAUUCAAGAAAUUUCUUUAGCAUUAAGAAGUCACAUGAGUAAAGCACCGAGUAACACAUUCCACCCACAAGAUUUCUCUGAUGUUAUUAGUUUUAUUUUAUAUGGGAAUUCUCAUAGAACAGGGAAGGACAAUUGGUUAGAAAGAUUGUUCUAUAGCUGCCAGAGACUGGAUAAGCGUGACCAAUCAACAAUUCCCCGAAAUCUUCUAAAGACAGAUGCCGUUCUUUGGCAGUGGGCUAUUUGGGAAGCAGCACAGUUCACUGUGCUUUCUAAGUUGAGAACCCCACUGGGCAGAGCUCAGGAUACGUUCCAGACAAUUGAAGGUAUCAUUAGAAGUCUCGCGGCUCACACGUUAAACCCCGAUCAAGAUGUUAGUCAGUGGACAACUGCAGACAAUGAUGAAGGCCACAGUAGCAACCAGCUUAGACUUGUUCUUCUUCUGCAGUAUCUGGAAAAUCUGGAGAAGUUAAUGUAUAACGCAUAUGAGGGGUGCGCUAACGCAUUAACGUCACCUCCCAAGGUCAUUAGGACUUUUUUCUAUACCAAUCGCCAAACUUGUCAAGACUGGCUGACGCGGAUCCGACUCUCCAUUAUGAGGGUUGGGUUGUUGGCAGGCCAGCCUGCUGUGACAGUGAGGCAUGGCUUUGACUUGCUUACAGAAAUGAAGACAAAUCUAUCUCAGGGGAAUGAAUUGGAAGUAACCAUCAUGAUGGUGGUAGAAGCUCUGUGUGAGCUGCAUUGUCCUGAAGCCAUACAGGGAAUUGCUGUCUGGUCAUCCUCCAUUGCUGGCAAGAAUCUUCUCUGGAUUAAUUCAGUGGCCCAGCAGGCAGAAGGGAGGUUUGAGAAGGCCUCUGUGGAGUACCAGGAGCACCUGUGUGCCAUGACAGGUGUUGAUUGCUGCGUCUCCAGCUUCGACAAAUCCGUUCUCACGUUGGCCAACGCUGGGCGAAACAGUGCCAGCCCCAAACAUUCUCUGAAUGGUGAAUCCAGGAAAACUGUGCUAUCCAAAUCAACGGACUCUUCCCCUGAGGUUAUAAAUUAUUUGGGAAAUAAAGCAUGUGAGUGUUACAUUUCCAUUGCGGACUGGGCUGCCGUGCAGGACUGGCAGAAUGCUAUCCACGACCUGAAAAAGAGUACCAGCAGCACUUCUCUCAACCUAAAGGCUGAUUUCAACUACAUAAAAUCACUAAGCAGUUUUGAAUCUGGAGAAUUUGUUGAAUGUACUGAGCAGUUAGAAUUGUUACCAGGAGAAAAUGUCAAUCUACUUGCUGGAGGAUCAAAAGAGAAAAUAGAUAUGAAAAAACUGCUUCCUAACAUGUUAAGCCCAGAUCCAAAGGAACUUCAGAAAUCGAUUGAGGUUCAGUUGUUGCGAAGUUCUGUUUGUUUGGCAACUGCUCUAAACCAUAUAGAACAAGACCAGAAGUGGCAGUCCAUAACUGAAAAUGUGGUAAAGUACUUGAAGCAAACCUCCCGCAUAGCUAUUGGACCCCUGAGACUUUCUACUUUAACGGUUUCACAGUCUCUGCCAGUUCUAAGUACCUUACAGCUGUAUUGCUCUUCUGCUCUGGAGAACACAGUUUCUAACAGACUUUCAACAGAGGAUUGUCUUAUUCCACUCUUCAGUGAAGCUCUGCGUUCAUGUAAACAGCAUGAUGUGAGGCCGUGGAUGCAGGCCUUAAGAUAUACCAUGUACCAGAGUCAGUUGUUGGAGAAGAUAAAAGAACAAACAGUUCCAAUUAGAAGCCAUCUGAUGGAAUUAGGUCUAACAGCAGCAAAAUUUGCUAGAAAACGAGGGAAUGUGUCACUUGCAACAAGACUGCUGGCACAGUGUAGUGAGGUUCAGCUGGGAAAGACUACCACUGCUCAGGAUUUAGUCCAGCAUUUUAAAAAACUAUCAACUCAAGGUCAAGUGGAUGAAAAAUGGGGGCCUGAACUUGACAUUGAAAAAACCAAAUUGCUGUAUACAGCAGGCCAGUCAACACACGCAAUGGAAAUGUUGAGUUCUUGUGCCAUAUCUUUCUGCAAGUCUGCCAAAGCUGAAUAUGCGGUUGCCAAGUCCAUUCUGACACUAGCUAAAUGGAUCCAGGCAGAAUGGAAAGAAAUUUCAGGGCAGCUGAAACAGGUUUAUAGAGCUCAGCAACAGCAAAACUUCACAGGUCUUUCUACUUUGUCUAAAAACAUACUAGCUUUAAUAGAACUGCCAUCUGUUAAUACGAUGGAAGAAGAAUAUCCUCGGAUAGAGAGCGAAUCUACAGUGCAUAUUGGAGUUGGAGAGCCUGACUACAUUUUGGGACAGUUGUAUCACCUAUCUUCAGUACAGGCACCUGAAGUAGCCAAAUCCUGGGCAGCGUUGGCUAGUUGGGCUUAUAGGUGGGGCAGAAAGGUAGUUGACAAUGCCAGUCAGGGAGAAGGUGUUCGUCUGCUGCCUAGAGAAAAAUCUGAAGUUCAGAAUCUGCUUCCAGACACCAUAACUGAGGAAGAAAAAGAGAGGAUUUAUGGUAUUCUCGGACAGGCUGUCUGUCGGCCAGCGGGGAUUCAGGAUGAAGAUAUAACGCUUCAGAUAACAGAAGGUGAAGAUAACGAGGAAGACGACAUGGUUGAUGUUAUCUGGCGUCAGUUAAUAUCAAGCUGCCCGUGGCUUUCAGAACUUGAUGAAAGUGCAACAGAAGGAGUUAUUAAAGUGUGGAGGAAAGUUGUAGAUCGAAUCUUCAGCCUGUACAAGCUGUCUUGCAGUGCAUAUUUUACCUUCCUUAAACUCAACGCUGGGCAGAUUCCCUUAGAUGAAGACGACCCUAGGCUACACUUAAGUCACAGAGCAGAGCAGAGCACUGAUGAUGUGAUUGUGAUGGCCACCCUGCGCCUGCUCAGAUUGCUCGUGAAACAUGCCGGCGAGCUUAGGCAGUAUCUGGAACGUGGCUUGGAAACAACACCUACUGCUCCAUGGAGAGGAAUUAUUCCACAGCUUUUCUCGCGCUUAAACCAUCCUGAAGUAUAUGUUCGCCAGAGUAUUUGUAACCUCCUCUGCCGAGUGGCUCAAGAUUCCCCACAUCUCAUACUGUACCCUGCAAUAGUGGGCACCAUAUCACUUAGUACUGAAUCACAGGCUUCAGGAAAUAAGUUUUCCUCUGCAAUUCCAACUUUACUUGGCAAUAUUCAAGGAGAAGAAUUGCUGGUUUCUGAAUGUGAGGGAGGAAGUCCUCCUGCCUCUCAGGAUAGCAGCAAGGAUGAACCUAAAAGUGGAUUAAAUGAAGACCAGGCCAUGAUGCAGGAUUGCUACAGCAAAAUUGUCGAUAAACUGUCCUCUGCAAACCCAACCAUGGUGUUACAGGUUCAGAUGCUUGUGGCUGAGCUGCGCAGGGUCACUGUUCUCUGGGACGAGCUCUGGUUGGGAGUUCUGUUACAGCAACAUAUGUAUGUCCUGAGACGAAUCCAGCAGCUGGAAGAUGAGGUGAAGAGAGUCCAGAACAACAACACCUUACGCAAAGAAGAGAAAAUUGCUAUCAUGCGGGAAAAGCACACGGCUUUGAUGAAGCCCAUUGUGUUCGCUUUGGAGCAUGUGAGGAGCAUCACCGCGGCCCCUGCGGAGACACCUCAUGAAAAGUGGUUUCAGGAUAACUAUGGUGAAGCAAUUGAAAAUGCUCUUGAAAAACUGAAGACACCCUCCAAUCCCGCAAAGCCUGGAAGCAGCUGGAUUCCCUUUAAAGAGAUAAUGCUGAGUUUGCAACAGAGAGCACAGAAACGUGCAAGUUACAUCUUGCGUCUUGAAGAAAUCAGCCCCUGGCUGGCUGCCAUGACUAACACUGAAAUUGCUCUUCCUGGAGAGGUGUCAGCUAGAGACACUGUCACAAUCCACAGUGUGGGCGGAACCAUCACCAUCUUACCUACCAAAACCAAGCCAAAGAAACUUCUCUUUCUGGGGUCAGAUGGGAAAAGCUAUCCUUACCUUUUCAAAGGAUUGGAAGAUUUACAUCUGGAUGAGAGAAUAAUGCAAUUCCUGUCUAUUGUGAAUACCAUGUUUGCUACAAUCAAUCGCCAGGAAACGCCCCGUUUCCAUGCCCGACACUAUUCUGUAACACCGCUAGGAACACGAUCAGGACUAAUCCAGUGGGUGGAUGGAGCCACACCUUUAUUUGGUCUUUACAAACGAUGGCAACAACGGGAGGCCGCCUUACAAGCACAGAAGGCCCAAGAUUCCUACCAAACUCCUCAGAAUCCGGGAAUUGUACCUCGUCCUAGUGAACUUUAUUAUAGUAAAAUUGGCCCUGCUUUAAAAGCAGUUGGACUUAGUUUGGAUGUGUCCCGACGAGAUUGGCCUCUUCAUGUAAUGAAGGCGGUAUUAGAAGAGUUAAUGGAGGCCACCCCGCCCAAUCUUCUUGCUAAAGAGCUUUGGUCAUCUUGUACCACCCCUGACGAAUGGUGGAGAGUCACACAGUCUUACGCCAGAUCUACUGCAGUCAUGUCUAUGGUCGGAUACAUAAUUGGCCUUGGAGACAGACAUCUGGAUAACGUUCUCAUAGAUAUGACGACUGGAGAGGUGGUUCACAUAGACUACAACGUUUGCUUUGAAAAAGGUAAAAGCCUUAGAGUUCCUGAGAAGGUCCCUUUCCGAAUGACACAGAACAUUGAAACGGCACUGGGUGUAACUGGAGUAGAAGGUGUUUUUAGGCUUUCAUGCGAGCAGGUUCUACACAUUAUGCGGCGUGGCAGAGAGACUCUGCUGACUUUGCUGGAGGCCUUUGUGUAUGACCCUCUGGUGGACUGGACGGCCGGGGGCGAGGCCGGGUUUGCUGGCGCUGUGUACGGUGGAGGCGGCCAGCAGGCCGAGAGCAAGCAGAGCAAGAGAGAGAUGGAGCGAGAGAUCACCCGCAGCCUCUUUUCUUCCAGAGUAGCUGAAAUUAAGGUGAACUGGUUUAAGAACAGGGAUGAGAUGCUGGUUGUGCUUCCCAAGCUGGACAGCAGCUUAGAUGAAUACCUAAGCUUGCAAGAGCAACUGACAGAUGUGGAAAAACUGCAGGGCAAACUGCUAGAAGAAAUAGAGUUUCUAGAAGGAGCGGAAGGAGUGGACCAUCCUUCUCACACUCUGCAACACAGGUAUUCUGAACACACUCAACUACAGACUCAGCAAAGGGCUGUUCAGGAAGCAAUCCAGGUGAAGCUCAAUGAAUUUGAACAGUGGAUAACACAUUAUCAGGCUGCAUUCAAUAAUUUAGAAGCAACACAGCUUGCAAGUUUGCUUCAGGAGAUCAGCACACAAAUGGACCUUGGUCCUCCGAGCUAUGUGCCAGCGACAGCCUUUCUACAGAAUGCCGGCCAGGCCCACUUGAUCAGCCAGUGCGAGCAGCUGGAGGGGGAGGUGGGCGCCCUUCUCCAGCAGCGGCGCUCCGUGCUCCGGGGCUGCCUGGAGCAGCUGCAUCACUAUGCGACCGUGGCUCUGCAGUACCCCAAGGCCAUAUUUCAGAAACAUCGGAUUGAACAGUGGAAGACCUGGAUGGAAGAGCUCAUCUGUAACAUCACAGUAGAGCGCUGUCAAGAGCUCUACAGGAAAUACGAAAUGCAGUAUGCCCCCCAGCCCCCCCCAACAGUGUGUCAGUUCAUCACUGCCACCGAAAUGACUCUGCAGCGGUACGCAGCUGACAUCAACAGCAGGCUUAUUAGGCAAGUGGAACGCUUGAAACAGGAAGCUGUCACUGUGCCUGUCUGUGAAGAUCAAUUGAAAGAAAUUGAACGUUGUAUUAAAGUUUUUCUUCACGAGAAUGGAGAAGAAGGAUCUUUGAGUCUAGCGAGUGUUAUCAUUUCGGCCCUUUGUACCCUCACAAGGCGGAACCUGAUGAUGGAAGGUGCAGCUUCAAGCGCGGGAGAGCAGCUGGUGGAUCUGACCUCUCGGGACGGAGCCUGGUUCCUGGAGGAGCUCUGCAGCAUGAGCGGGAACGUCACGUGCCUGGUGCAGUUACUGAAGCAGUGCCACCUGGUGCCACAGGACUUAGACAUCCCGAACCCCCUGGAAGCUUCUGAGGCGGUUCACCUGGCCAACGGAGUAUACACCUCCCUUCAGGAAUUAAAUUCAAAUUUCCGGCAAAUCAUAUUUCCAGAAGCACUGAGAUGUUUGAUGAAAGGAGAGUACACAUUAGAAAGUAUGCUUCAUGAGCUGGACAGUCUUAUUGAGCAGACCACUGAUGGCGUUCCCCUGCAGACUCUAGUUGAAUCUCUUCAGGCCUACUUAAGAAAUGCAGCUAUGGGACUCGAGGAAGAAACACAUGCUCAUUACAUCGAUGUAGCCAGAAUACUUCAUGCUCAAUAUGGUGAAUUAAUCCAACCAAGAAAUGGUUCAGUUGAUGAAACACCAAAAAUGUCAGCUGGCCAGAUGCUGUUGGUAGCAUUUGAUGGCAUGUUUGCCCAAGUGGAAACUGCUUUUGGUUUACUAAUUGAAAAGUUAAACAAGAUGGAAAUUCCCAUAGCUUGGCGAAAGAUUGACAUUAUAAGGGAAGCUAGGAGCACCCAAGUCAAUUUUUUUGAUGAUGAUAAUCACCGGCAGGUGCUAGAAGAAAUUUUCUUUCUAAAAAGACUACAGACAAUUAAGGAGUUCUUCAGGCUCUGUGGUACCUUUUCUAAAACUUUGUCAGGAUCAAGUUCACUUGAAGAUCAGAAUACUGUAAAUGGUCCUGUUCAGAUGGUCAAUGUGAAAACCCUUUUUAGAAACUCUUGUUUCAGUGAAGACCAGAUGGCCAAACCUAUAAAGGCAUUCACGGCUGACUUCGUGAGGCAGCUCUUGAUUGGACUUCCCAACCAAGCCCUAGGACUCACCCUCUGCAGUUUUAUCAGUGCUCUAGGUGUAGACAUUAUUGCUCAAGUAGAGGCGAAGGAUUUUGGUGCUGAAAGCAAAGUUUCUGUUGAUGAUCUUUGUAAGAAAGCAGUGGAGCACAACAUCCAGAUCGGAAAGUUCUCUCAAUUGGUCAUGAACAGGGCGACGGUGUUAGCGAGUUCUUACGACACUGCCUGGAAGAAGCAUGAUUUGGUGCGCAGGCUGGAAACCAGUAUUUCUUCUUGUAAGACAAGCCUGCAGCGUGUUCAGCUGCAAAUUGCCAUGUUUCAAUGGCAGCAUGAAGACCUCCUUAUCAAUAGACCACAAGCCGUGUCAGUCACACCUCCCCCUCGGUCUGCCAUCCUAACCAGCAUGAAAAAGAAACUCCAUACUCUGAGCCAAAUUGAAACUUCAAUUGCAACAGUUCAGGAGAAACUAGCAGCACUUGAAGCAAGUAUUGAACAGCGACUCAAGUGGGCAGGCGGUGCUAACCCUGCACUGGCACCUGUACUGCAGGAUUUCGAAGCAACAAUAGCCGAAAGAAGAAAUCUUGUCCUUAAAGAGAGCCAAAGAGCAAGCCAGGUCACUUUCCUCUGCAGCAAUAUCAUUCAUUUUGAAAGUUUACGAACUAGAACUGCAGAAGCCUUAAACCUGGAUGCUGCGUUAUUUGAACUAAUCAAACGAUGCCAGCAAAUGUGUUCAUUUGCAUCACAGUUUAACAGUUCAGUCUCUGAGUUAGAGCUUCGUUUAUUACAGAGAGUGGACACCAGUCUUGAACAUCCUAUUGGCAGCUCUGAAUGGCUUUUGUCAGCACACAAACAACUGACUCAGGAUAUGUCUACUCAGAGGGCAGUUCAGACAGAGAAAGAGCAACAGAUAGAAACAGUCUGUGAAACAAUUCAGAAUCUGGUUGAUAAUAUAAAAACUGUGCUCACUGGUCAUAACCGGCAACUUGGAGAUGUCAAACACCUCCUAAAAGCAAUGGCCAAGGAUGAAGAAGCUGCCCUGGCAGACGGCGAGGAUGUCCCUUAUGAGAGCAGUGUCAGGCAGUUCCUAGGUGAAUACAAAUCAUGGCAAGACAACAUUCAGACGGUGCUGUUCACAUUAGUCCAAGCUAUGGGUCAGGUUCGAAGUCAAGAACACGUUGAAAUGCUCCAGGAAAUAACUCCCACCUUGAAAGAACUGAAAACACAGAGUCAGAGUAUCUAUAAUAAUUUAGUGGGGUUUGCAUCACCCUUAGUCACCGAUGCAACAAAUGAAUGUUCGAGUCCAACGUCAGCUGCUACUUGCCAGCCAUCCUUUGCUGCAGCAGUCCGGAGCAACACUGGCCAGAAGACUCAGCCUGAUGUGAUGUCACAGAACGCUAGAAAGCUGAUUCAGAAAAAUCUUGCCACAUCAGCCGAUACUCCACCAAGCACCAUUCCAGGAACUGGCAAGAGUGUUGCUUGUAGUCCUAAAAAGGCUGUCAGAGACCCUAAAACUGGGAAGGCUGUGCAAGAGAGAAACUCAUAUGCAGUGAGUGUGUGGAAGAGAGUGAAAGCCAAGCUAGAGGGCCGAGAUGUUGAUCCAAAUAGGAGGAUGUCAGUUGCUGAACAGGUUGACUAUGUCAUUAAGGAAGCAACUAAUCUAGAUAACUUGGCUCAGCUGUAUGAAGGUUGGACAGCCUGGGUAUGAAUGGCAAGACAGUAGAUGAGUCUGGUUAAGCGAGGUCAGACAUCCACCAGAAUCAACUCAGCCUCAGGCAUCCAAAGCCACACCACAGUCGGUGGUGAUGCAACUGGGGGCUUACUCUGAGGAAACCUAGGAAAUCUCGGGGCGCUAGGAAGUGAAUCCUGCAGGACAGCUGCACUCAGGGAUACGCCCAACACCAUGGCCUGCAACCCCAGGGUCAAGGGUGAAAGAAAGAAAGCUCACCGCCUGAACAUGGAGAUUGUCUUUCUGCCACAGAACAGCUGCAAACGUGUCAGGAGGUUAGCUGCAGAAAGAAAUCGGGAUGCCGCGGAGCACAGAGUGAUUUGGAACUCCAUUCCACCUGACCCUGUGUGUACAAUCCAGGAAAAAACCAACCCCGCUCAGAAACAGAGAAGACUGGGGCCGCGAAGAAAUCACAGCCAAGGAAGAUUUGAUGCAUUCAGAUUCUCGUGUAACACUUGUUGCUUGGCAACAGUACUGGUUGGGUUGACCAGUAGGCACAAAAAGGCUAUGCGAUAAGAAUUUCAGAAAUGGACUGGAAAUGGAGAGCUAUGUAACAGAUACACUACAUUGGAAGAACUUACUUCUGAAAUGAAGGGAAAAAAAACCACCCAUCGUCCUGUCCUCCUCCCCCAACCCCACACCAUCUACCCAUCCUCCUUUUACCUGAUCUAGUAGAUUAGCCAUCUUUCAAUUUUACUUUUAUUUCAAUCCUUACAUUUCAUAUACUUCCGUCUUGAUGCUGUUAACAACCUAUUUGGAGUGAUAAACAGGAAUUUCUCCAAAACCACUGAUAACAUGGAAAAUUCAAGGAUUGUUUAAAGGUCUGAUGAUCACAUACAAAAUGUAAUCCUGGUUAUUUAAGUCAUUUCUGUGAUUCUAUCAUGUACAGUUUCCAGAAUUGUCACUGUGCAUUCAAAAGUAAUGAAUCUAACAGACAUUUGAUUUAAUGUACACUCCCCUUUGCUUAUAGUGUGCAUUUUUGGGAGGUCAUUCAAAUUUUCCCUCUUCUGCGAUUGCUGUAGUUUCUUUCAUAGAAAGUAGCUAAUCCAAUGUAAUCUUUUACCUUUUUAAAAACCAGGAUAGAGUACCCAUUAGAGUUUUACAUUGUUGAUGACAGAUUAACAAUAAAGUGAUGUUCUGGUGGA